AUGCUAAGCCACGGAAGCCAACAGCGACUAUCACGGCAGAAUCAACCGCAUGCGCAUGAGGUGACGGUUUCCAUCCAUGUGAACAACGAGACGCCGCACACCGUCACUCACUCCACGUGUCUGAGUCCAGGAAGUGCUGGCCGCCAUCUUCACGUUCGCAAGCUCACCUGCACAGGAAUGAUGAGCCAGAUGGAGCUUUUGGAGUGCCCCAUGUGCAAGUUCACUGUGCUUCCAAAAGAUGACUACAUGCUUCAAUUACAUUUUGAGCAAGCGCAUACCGAGGAUUCUCCUUUCGUGAUCGAAGACGACCCUGAACCGUUACCACCGACCUUGGUCCCUAGACCUUCCUCAACUCAGCACGACACCGAGGACACGCCUUCCUCUGACGACUCGGAAGAAGAGGAAAGCGCUGUAAAGUGCCCUGAUCUUGACUGCGGCGAACUUGUUCCUCUCUCUGACUUCAACGACCAUAUCGAAUACCACAACGCAGAAACUUUAUCAUUUGACGAGACCACAGGAAAGUAUCAUUCUCGGCGUUCAUCCGCUACUAUGCAAAGCUCGACCUCCUCUCGUCGUUCACAUGCGAGCCGAGCAAAGACAACAACAUCUGAGCGAAGUUUGAGCACAGAAUUAUCAGAUACGUUGAAGACCGAGGCUCAUAGCCGCAAGUCCAAGAGGCACACCCAUCGUCAGAGGCGUGAUACCAAUGAUAGCGAGAAGAGCACUAUUGGAAGGAGCAUCCUAGGCUUCAACCCCUUUGCGAAAGCUGACCGAACCAUCAAGCCGCCAAUCAAAAGUGCCCGCUUGGGGAAAUCCGAGCUUGGACCAUAUGCCUGGGAGAAACGAAUGCCUAGGUGGCUGCACGACCAGCUUGAGGCGGGUCCAAAGAUCACUGCGGUUAACCGUAUUGGCCGAGAUGGCCGUCUCAUCAAGUAUGACCAGGUGCAAAACGAGACGCCAGGCAUUAUACCCAUCCUUGCUCAAUUAUCCGCUCUCGAUCGUUCCGUUAAACAAGCUUACUACUGUCACCCGUCGACACUCCAUGUUGGCAAAACGCCCCAUGAAGGUGGCUUUUGUGGCUAUCGGAAUAUACAAAUGUUGCUGUCCUACAUUCAAGGCGCAAAGGCUCAGGGCCACGAAGAGUUUCCUGGGCGGCUCCCAACAAUUCUGAAAAUGCAAGACCAUAUUGAAGACGCCUGGGACAAAGGUAUCAAUGAGAUUGGUCGUGUUCAAACUGGCGGUAUACGUGAUACUAGAAAGUACAUCGGCACACCUGAGGCUCAAGCUUUCUUUUUGAACUCCGAGAUUAAUUGCGCUGUCGAGCAGUUCAGCGACAACAAAGACCGCGACGUUGCAGCCCACGAACUACUUCUCGCCGCCAUGGAGCGAUACUUUGCCCGAGCAGCCGCCAGCGAUGGGUCUAACGUUAACAAAACUCUUCUACCCCCCAUCUAUCUUCAACAACCAGGUCACUCUAUCAGCGUCAUCGGUUUUGAGCGUCACUUGAACGGCUCAUGCAACCUGGUAGUCUACGAUCCCAUGUAUCACACGAGCCCUGCUAUGCAUAAGCUGCUUGGCCGAAAGAAUAUCAGGACAGCUCGACCUGAAGUCUUGCAUGCAUAUCGUCGUGGCGUUGGAAAGCUCAGGAAAUACGCCGCUUAUGAGAUCUUGAUGCUUACAGCGACACCGCCUUUGUUUCCUGCUUGGGAUGUGCUUCGUCAGUUCCCCGACUGUCGCUUCGUGUACGCCUUCUUCCGUGCUCGUACCCUCGGAUACGAUGUCUACCCAGAAGAUCACUUCCUUCAAAAUUUCCCGUGGCAGUUGUAUGGCGGACUCUGGUCGUGUGAUGACGCUCGCUUUGCCAGAGCGGAGCCGAUGAACGCUCUUACGGCUUUGGCUUUACGUCGAAUCACGAGCGAAGGGUCCUCCAGCUGCAGUAAUAACAACAGUCCUACAAGUCCUACGAAUUUCUUCACAAACAGCAGCUUCCAGCACACGCCAACGGACGAAGAUGACCGGCUUCCUUCUUGGGUGGGUUCACUUGAUGGAUCUGCGAAUGGCUUUGUGAGCAGAUCGCAGUAUGCUAGUAGCCGCCCUGUCUACGAUAUGGGUGCUUUGAGCGCUGCGUUGCCUCAGCCCAGUCUUAUGAGAUCACACCUAUCACUUCUGACAGACCUCGGAAGGAAAUAUCCGGGCUUUCCUACACCAUUGUCUCCUACUUUGACGGCAAGAGAAACCUACCCUUCACCCGCAUCCGAUGCCGGAAGCGGGCUUGCAACACCUCGCGCUCUGGGUUCCGCAGUGCGUACGGUGAGCGCAAUGAGUACCAACAGCUCGAACAUAUACGGGCCUCCUCGCUGUUACGACUUGGGCGGAUACGGCCAGUGCUCACCACAAAUGGGUCUCAUUGAUGAGGUUCUCACGAAACCGGAAACACGCAAUGGCUGCCACACUCCAUCAACAUCGUCGCAGGGUAUUGGAGGUCUUGCAACUCCCCCAACAAGUCCAUCAAGAUGUGUAUCCCCACGUACCGUCAUGCUGAAGAAGAUAGCUACAAAGCAAGGUCUCCCGGAGCUGUCGCCCAAUUCCAUGCGCGAUUCAGGUUCUAGACUUGAGUCUCACACAAGCACUCGCAUUCCCGGCGCAUACCCUGCCUCUCCGCCUUCAUCUAUCCGGUCUUUCCAAUCAGCGUCGUACCGUCAAACAGCGUGUCCGUCUUUCCCUAUCGCCAACGGAGUAGAAUCUGAAGCGACUUCACCCAUUGAUCCUUGUGGUACCAUGCUCUUCUACACGUCGAACCGCAGUAUCGACUCGGGCCUUCUGGGCGUCCACCCUCUCUCUGAGCCUCAAGUCGCCGAGUACCGAUUCUGGCGUCCUUGUGGCCGGCGCAUCUGCGGGUUUGGGUGCGGCGGCGCGAAUGUAGGAGAGACUGCCGCUGCAAGGAGGCUGUUCAAAGAAGUCGAGGAAGUCAGUCCUGUGGUCGAGCAGGAAAUAAAAGAGGAAGGGGAGCUAGAGAGAGACGUGGACUAUGAACACGGUCUUGACGGCGCGAGCGAUGGAGGCUACGGCAAUGGUGGGGGCGAGUUUAGCACGAGUACCUGGGCUGGCCGCCGGCUAGUCAUGGAUUGGAAUCAGCCGAGCGCAUGCCCCGGAACCAGCGUCAUGGAGAACCUCGACAAGCUAUCUGCGACGGGCUUGCCAGUGUUCGAUCUCAAUGAGGAGAACCUACAGCGCAAGGACUGGACUACAACACCCAUAGGCGCACGCGAGUCGUGGCCCAUUGCCUUAACAUGCCUCGUCAACACAUGUGUGCUGCCUAUGCCCCACUGCGCCGCCAUCUUCUGGGGCAAGGACAUGAUAGUCAUCCACAACCUUGCCUGGGAGAAAGCCAGAGGCGGUCUUGACGGGCAAGCCACGAAAGCGCGUGACAGCUACGACCAUGAAGCACUCGGCACGCUGCGGACGGUGCUGAGAGGACGAACGGUCAAGGUAGCCGCCAGGUAUUUCCUCAAAAACUUUGCGGAAGAAAAGAACCAGCAGCUUCUCCUCAGCACUAUCUUAGACGAAAGCGGCACACGACAGGGCGUACUGGCCCAACUCCUUGAAAAUCAGAACGUGGACCGCUACAUACCCAUUGAAGGUUUGGACGAACUCUCGCGACAGCAUCCAGGAAGACAGGUCAAGGAUAAAGAAUCCCAGCAGCAAAGCAAGCACAAGAGCACAGAGCAGGCCGAUUCAAUGUCGACCAGCAUGUUCCAGCGCUUUGCCGAGCUGCUGCCCAAUGGCCUGGCCAUUCUUGACAAGGACGCUGAAGCCAUCUUCGUCAAUGACGGCUUCUUCAGGCUGACGACCAAUAAGGGCAACAACGAGUUUCGCUCGUGGCCAGAGAGCAUACAUCCUGACGACUACGAAGACGUCAUGACUGCUUAUCGCAAAGCAUUCGAGAGUCGUACUGAACUGCAGAUAGAGUUUAGAUGUGAUGUCGCAGAGCCCGAGGAAAUGAAGUCCAAAGGAGAGCAAUGGAGAUUAUUCCUGCUGAAGCCUCUGGCUGAGGAGGUCGAAUCCGGUUUUAUUAGCGCUGUAAUCGAUAUCACCGACAUCAAACAAGCCCAACUAACUCAGGAGAAAGCCGCCAAUGACGCCAGAGAUCGCAAGGAGCAGCAAGAGAGAUUCAUUGACAUGGUUUCGCACGAAAUUCGGAAUCCUCUGUCGGCUGUUUUACACUUGGCCGAAGAAGUCAGAGAAAUCACAAAAGAGAUUGGAGCCGAUCACGAAGACGUUCGCGACCAGGUAGCCGAUAUAUUGGAUGCAGCCGACACUAUACUUCUCUGCGUAUCACAUCAGAAUACUCUUGUAGACGACAUCCUGUCUUUUUCCAAGCUCGACUCUAUGAUGCUAUCUUUGGUACCUCGACCAACAAAACCAAAGUGGGAGUUUUCCCAAGCGCUUCGAGUUUUCCAUUCCGAAUUCAAGGCGAAAAACAUCAAAUUCCACUACGCUAUGGAUGUUUCAUACGAGGAACAAAAAGUGGAUAGUGUUGUCGCGGAUCUUAAUCGCAUGAAGCAAGUUUUGGUCAACCUGAUAACCAAUGCUAUCAAAUUCACCUCCAAGAAGAAUGGCGACCGUAAUAUCACUGUAUCCAUGGGCGCAUCCGUUGAGCGACCUACAUCUUACCCACCCAACGUCAUCUACUUCAGUGAAGAGAAAGAAGCGUUUCAUCUGGAUUCAACCAUGACGUCGGAAUGGGGUUCUGGGGCCGCCAUGUAUCUGAUGGUAGCUGUUAAAGAUACUGGCAUAGGUAUCAGCAAAGAAGGCCAAGCCAAGUUAUUCGAACGUUUUAGACAAGCGACACCGAAAACACAAGAGAGAUAUGGCGGCUCAGGUCUCGGUCUUUUCAUAUCACGCAAAUUAUGCACAUUACACGGUGGAGACAUUGGCGUGAGUUCGAAAGAGGGAGAAGGUUCAACAUUCGGUUUCUUCUUCAAAGUACGUCGAGCGACUGGCGGGAAUGAUGAGGGACGACCUUCAGGACAAUCACGAAGUAACUCGGAAACAUCCAAUUCAUCUUCCCGUCCAGGCGAAUCUGGAUCGCGACCAUCUCGUCCAGGUAUUAGUCGUGCAAAUUCGAAUCUCUCGAGCAUAAAAGAGCGAAACGACGAGCGCCCUGAAGCAAAAUCACUGGCCAGCCAUCAUGGUGUCGACUCCGAAGAGGUAGAGCCAUCACUUAAAGAUCCGCCAGUAGAAAAUCGACCGGAAGCACACCCUGAGUCGAACGAAGAUGCGCGCUACAAGGAGACGCAGAAGGCUACAGAAGAGAUCAAAACAAUCAAACCAAACGUGGAGAAAAGGCUGCCUGAUUUGAGGAGAGGCGAAACGCACCGGCAAGAAGAGGACGCUUUAGAAGUCACGAGAUCUCAGAGCGAUAAACGUUCUGAAGCUACACAUACUCUUCUUCUUGUCGAGGAUAAUCUAAUCAACCAGAAGGUUCUGCGGCGGCAGCUUCAAUCCCGCGGCUUCCAGGUCUUCACCGCGAACAACGGUCAGGAAGCGAUCGAUGCAGUAGCCGAGCGUGGACAAAGGGCAGAUAACGGCCCCGACGACCGCAACUAUUUCGACUGCAUACUCAUGGAUCAGGAAAUGCCUAUAAAAGACGGCAAUGCCGCAACACAAGAGAUUAGGCAGCUACAAGAUGAAGGCAAGGCUGGAUACAGUCAUAUCCUGGGUGUUUCUGCAAAUGUACGAGAGGCGCAGACGAACAGCAUGCGUGAAGCUGGUAUGGACGACGUUAUUUCCAAACCGUUCAAGGUAGACGACCUUGUCAAGAAAGUCCGUGGCUUGGUUUUGAACGGUGGCGGCGGCUCGAAGCACGACAACAGACCAAAUGGUGCCUCAAAUACCGAAGAAGAUGACAAAAGUGGCGACCCAAAGGACAAGGAUGGCGGUCUGCAUCCACGAGAUGCAGAAAGACGGGAGGAAAAUAUACGUUCGGGCAACGAACGAGAAAAUCGAGAGCGAGGAGGCGAAAGGUCAAGAUCCCGAGCUACCGUAAGGACAGGGAACGUAACACACCAGAAUGAGUCUAAAACGCACGAAAAUCAUUCAUGA